AUGGCAGGACCGCUUUGUUUCUUCGUUCAGCUAUGCACGCUUCUGGCCCUUACGCUGGGCACCUCGUCUAUGGCAGCUGGCCUUCCGAGGGCCAACACCCCGUCCAUCCUCCCGAGAGAAGAGAAUGCUAAGCGAGACGUCGUUAUGGAUUGCUCAGAGUUUCCGUUGUUCAAAGCUUAUCUUCAGGACGCGUUUGUAGAGGCCGAAACUAUAAUGGCAAACGCAGUACAAGAACUAGACCUCCUCAUUAGCUUGUUCGAAAAAGACGGCUCUGGUAAACUGUUGCCUGGCAAAGAACUUAAAAAGGGUCGAACCUUUGACGAGGACAAUGUCUUCUCCUCCUACAGCUUUUUCAUCUACAGGCUUGCCGAACCCACUGUGGCACAAGCCAUGAAAGCCGCCUUGAACAAGUAUAAUACGGGACAGCCCGACCCCGGAGCCGAAAACUUGGAGGUUUACUGUGACGAAACAGAGUGGUUGUUUGAGAGAAAACUUGACGGAAUGAACUUUACCGAUCGUAAGACCCCUAGCUUUGUAUCUGCACGAGAACUUGAUUCGCUGACCAUGUCCGGUUUAUCAGAGUACAAGAAUGUAGGAAACCCCAUCUGGGAUCGUCAGCAAAAUGGGUGGAUGUGGUAUGUAGCACGGAUGGCAUCACCUUACAGCAAGGAAGCUGGCACACGUACUUGGUCCUCGGUGUGGUGGGUGUGUCCCAGCACAGUGAAAAAGCCCGACGACCCGCCGGAUAAACGAUAUCGACAGUUCGGGAGCCUCACUAUUGAAGUUCACGAAAAUUUGAAUGGAUAUGUAACGGGCGAAGGAGAGCGCGACAAGGAACAGGUCAUGACUAUCUGUCCGGCAUAUCACGAGGUUUUCAUGAGGAAAGUGGUCAAGAGUAUCUCCGACGGUCUCGAUAUAACACGAUUACAUGUCCCUCGGGGUAAAAAUCCCACUGCAUAUCAGAAGGCGGCAUUGGAAACAAUGCAGAGGCAACGCUUCACUAUCGAGUGGCUUGGCAAAGGCCUCGUCCCAACCCUCAUUCACGAAUUAACACACGCGAGGGCGUUCACCCCCCCCGGCCGAACUCUCACUAUGGAUCACAACUGCCUCUUUGAGGUGGCGAGAGGGACAGACGGGUUGGACGAGAACGGCUUACCCCAGGGCCACCUAGAUGCUGAAGCGUUUGCCAUAUUUUCUAUGGGUUGCUCUACCUGUGGCGGCUUUGGUUGA